UUUCAUAUACAUGCAAAUUUGCACGACACAAAAAAUAUCUCUCUCUUCUUAAGCUUCCUUUUCCCUCUAAAAAUACUGACUUGAACACGUGUCAACGGGUGGACAACGGCGGAGAAUGGCGGACUCGCCCUCGGAAGAAGAGGCCGCCGAUUUUAGGGAGGCGCCGGAUGAGCUGCGCUGUAGAAGGUCUGACGGUAAGACGUGGCGGUGCCAUAGCUGGAGGAUCCAUGGAAAACCCUACUGCGAAAAGCAUUACCUCCAAAUCGUCGGAAAAAAUUUGAAAAGGAAAUCUUCUGCUCCGUCGAGAAAUUCUAGGUCUGAGAAAAGGCGUUCGGAGAAAUCUAAGGCUAGUGGUAGUGGUAAGGCUGGUGGUUUUGUUGCAAAUAAGUCGAAGAAGUUAGGGCUUUCUAGCGGUGGUAGCAAAGAUAAGAGGAGCAAAGGUGGGGGCGGCGAGUCUAAUUCGACAGAAGAGGUGUUGCCAAAGAAAAAGCCGAGGAGUAAGAGGAUGAGAGUGGAGGCGGAGGAGGAGGAAGAUAGCGAAGAGACAGAGGAGGAUGAGAGGAUGAAUGUUGUGAAAAUUACUGGUAGAAGGAGUGAUGAGAAGGGGGGAAAAUGCGAGAGCCACAGGGGAAAUGCUGUUAAGAGAUCUAAGGUGGGUGAUAAAAUUGAUUCUCUGAUUAAAAAGAAGCAAGUUGGUUGGUUGGAGGAGAGUGAUGAGGAAAGAGGUGAUGUUGCAAAAGGUGCUAAAGGGAGUGCUAGGGAUAAUGUGGUUCAAAGUUCUAAAAGGGGUGGUAAAAGUGAGUUAAGGAGGAAGCAUGCCAAGGAGAUUGAAAGAAAUGAAGAGAGUAGCGAUGAUGAAGAGUACUGGUUCAAAGAAAUAAGUAGUGCUACAGAAAGUGGUGGAGUUAAGUUGGAAAAUGAGAAGAAAGCUGUGAGAAGUUAUCGGAGUGAUGAUGAAGAGGUAGGAAGGCGUAAUGUGAUUAAAAUUGGUAGAAGGAGUGGAGAAUUUCAGGAUGGUGUAAAGGACAGUGAUUCGAGUGAUAUGAGUGAUGAGGAGGAGGGGCAGAAAUAUAAGGUGGAAAAAAUUGAUAAGGGGCAUAGGGAGCUCGAGUUGGGUAAGAAGAAGGAAGUUCAGAGCAGCGAAGAAGAUACUGAGGAGGAAGAGGAGGAGAGGAGUAGAGAGCUAAUUACUGCUGAAAGUAGUGGCGGGGAUAAAUGGGGGAAAAAAAAGAGGAAAGUAGAGAGGAAUGACCAGAUUGUUGAUGAAGAAGGGAAGGGUAGCAGGCGUAAAGGUGGUCAAAGGUGUGGUCAACUUGAGCUGCGAACAAAGAUGAAAAAUGAUCGGAGGGCAAUGAGUCAUGAGGACAAGGAGGAAGAUGGUGAGAAUUCGAAGAAGAAAAAUGGAGAUAGUGUGGUGAAAAUGUUGAAAAAGGGUUCCAGGACCAAGACACUGAAAGUGGCGAUGAAAGAUAUGAAAUCUGAAGAGGAUAAUUUUGAUGAUGGUGGUUUUGAAGAUAUCAUGAAAGAUGGUAAGGAUGAACGUGGUAAGAAGAAAUCUCAGCUGCGGGUGAACGCUAAGGAGGUUGGGAGAGUAAAAGCAGAGGGAGAUGGUGAUGAUGGUAUUGAUGUUGAUGGCUCUAAGGAGAAUUGGUUACAGGGUAAGAGUAACAAGGUUGAGAAAGGGGAAGUAGCUGGAUGUGACAAUGAAGGUGAUAAUGUUGAUGGUUCUGAGGAGAUGGAUGAUGCUUGUUUAAUAAAAUUUGCAAAAAAGGAUUUCAUGCCUGCAACUUUAUUGAAGAGAGGACAGAAGAAGUCACGGGAGAAGAAAGGGGGGUUGAGUAACAUGUUUAAAGAUGAGAAAGAGGAAAGAUCCAGCGAUAAGGAUAAAAUUGGCGAUGAAAAUGUUAAAUCUGAAAAUGAACUUACCAUUGCUCAGUUAUCACGAAAAAUGGAUGAUAUGUGGAAGGAAAUGCAGAGGAGAUUUGACCAAAGACUGGAAACAAUCCAUGAGCAGAUUGAUCAACUAAGUUCAUCUAGGGUUUCUUCUAGGAAAUCUAUGGGAAAAUCCACCCUGGAGGAAUCUAGUGAUUCCAAUGCCGAUUCGGAACAUGAGGCAUUCGAGCAAAGAAGACCGAGGAGAAACACAAGAGCCAUUGGUGAUGCGAUCAAAGGGAUUAAGAUGAAGAUUCCUCCAUUCCAAGGCAAAUCUGAUCCGGAUACGUACCUUGAAUGGGAGAGUCGAGUAGAGCUGGUAUUUGAUUGCAAUGACUACACCGAUGCACAAAAAUUGAGACUUGCCGUAGUAGAAUUCACCGACUAUGCCAUAGUUUGGUGGGAACAAGUGGCUACAAGCAGGAGAAGGAUGGACGGACGGGGUGAGCCUAGUGAUAGCCUUCCGGGCGUGCGACCUCGUGGAGCGCUCCCAGUGAUUCCAUACCAGAUCCGGCCCAGAGGGGCCAUUGUGCAUUGGAGCCCGGCUAACCGCCUCCGACGUUGCGAGUGUCGACACACGUACGCCUACCCUAAUGCCUUAGUGUUGGCCGUGGCUGAGAAGUGUAAGGAGUUGGCCGCAGAUAAGUCUAGGCUUGAGUCUGAGGUGAAGCAGUUAAGGGCGGAUAAUGAGAAACAAGUCAAGCGAAUCAAGGAUUUAGAGUACGAUGUGCUUGAGAGGAUGGCGGGUAAAGAUGAUUCUGGGGGUGCCGGGCCAUCUCAGCCCGUACCUGCUGACGAGAUCUAUCUCGAGGGACCCUACUUGCCACGGAUGAUGAGCGGAGGCGAUUGGGUAGCGCCAAUCGUAGGUGCCAGACGGAGAUUGAGCGUCUCCAGACAGCCCUCCGAGUACACAGUGCCAGGAUUUGAGAGCUGGAGGCUCCGGCUUUGGAGGAGCAGCAGCGGACUGAUGCCUUUAGAGAGCAGGCUAAGGGCUCUGGUAGAGGACGUGGUUCAAAACUUGGCCGAGGAAGGUCAAGGUCAGGCAGCUCCUGGUGCUCCAGAGGAGGAUCCCGAGGAGGACCCAGAGGAGGAGACUGCCGCACCUACGGAGUCGGAGGCCUUGGCGGUAGCUCAGAUCAAUACCUUUACUGAGGUUUUGGAGAAGGCCCAAAAAAUUGAGAUUGCCAGAGCACAAGUGAGGAACUUUCACGCCAAACUAAAGGGGGCGUCCGGUGGAAGUCAAAAGCCGGCACAGAGUGAUCAAAAUGUACCACCCCCUAAAGCCGAUCGUGGAGCUGGGGGUGGAAGGUUUACGGGUACUUCGAGGGUAGGCCAAGGCGGAAGAGGACAGGGGAGAAGUGGUCCACAGGGGGGCCAGACCUCCACUCCCCGAGUGACGUGUGGAUAUUGUGGAAAAUCAAACCACACCGAGGAUAAUUGCUGGAGAAAGGCCCGGAAGUGCCUAACGUGCGGAAGCAUGGAGCACCAGAUCGCUAACUGCCCGCUAAUCAGCGAUGCUCAGUCGGCGAGUAAAUCGAACCCGAAACCGACCACCGUAGAAGGGACCAGGUCAAGGGUACCGGCCAGGGUGUAUUCGUUGGACCAGCAAUCGGUGCCUGAGCCAACAGAGGUCGUGGAACUGGCUUUGGAGCCACUCGUAUCCUACCAUUGUGAUAUUACCUUUCUGUCAUUGAUGUGA